UCCAUUAUCAAACAAAUUUAAGUGGCAAUGUUUGGCGGCAUUGUUGCACCUAUAUAUAUAUACACACCCUCUCUCUCUCAACACUAGUCUUUGCUUUUUUCAUUUUUUGCAGAGGGAAAAACAGAGAGAUGGAAGAAGGGAAUGACAAGAAUGGGAAGUUUCAGAAGAGUUACUUUGAUGUGUUGGGGCUUUGCUGCUCCUCUGAGGUGCCAUUGAUUGAGAAGAUCAUGAAUUCUCUUGAUGGGAUCAAAGGCUUCUCAGUUGUUGUCCCAACCAAGACAUUGAUUGUGGUCCAUGACUCUCUCCUUAUUUCCCAGAUUGAAAUAGUUAAGGCGCUGAACGACUCGGGGAUGGAAGCCGGGGUGAGAGUGUACGGCCAUGGCAGCUACAAGAACAAAUGGCCGAGCUUCUACUCUGUUGCUUGCGGGAUAUUGCUUACUCUUUCGUUCUUGAAGUACGUGUUUACCCCGUUGAGAUGGCUGGCCGUUGGGGCCAUUGUCGUUGGCAUCCCACCGGUCGUGCUCAAGGCCUUUACAGCAGUGAGAAACUGUAGGCUUGAUAUCAACAUCCUUGUCUUGAUCACAGUUGCUGGAUCCGUUGCUCUUCGCGAUUAUUGGGAGGCUGCAACGAUCGUGUUUCUCUUUACAAUAUCCGAAUGGCUCGAAUCAAGGGCUAGCCAUAAGGCAACUGCUGUCAUGUCGUCUUUGGUCAGCGUUGUGCCUCAGAAGGCGGUCAUAGCUGAGACGGGUGAAGAGAUCAACGCGGAUGAAGUCAAGAUGGGAACCGUUCUAGCAGUGAAGGCCGGCCAAGUCAUACCUAUCGAUGGCGUUGUAGUGGAAGGCAGCUGUGAAGUGGACGAGAAGAUCAUGACCGGAGAAUCCAUCCCUGUCACGAAGCAGAAGGACUCCACCGUCUGGGCCAGCACGAUCAACCUAAACGGCUAUAUAAGCAUCAAAACGACAGCCAUGGCAGAGGACUGUGUCGUCGCUAGAAUGGCGAAGAUCGUGGAAGAGGCGCAGAACAAGAAAUCGGGCACACAAAGGUUCUUAGACAAGUGUGCUAAGUACUACACUCCAGCUAUAGUUGUGGUAUCUGCUUCAUUAGCCAUAGUGCCUCUUGCAUUCCAUUUCCACAAUAGGAGAGAAUGGUUCCACUUGGCUCUCGUCGUGUUAGUGAGCGGUUGUCCAUGCGCGCUUCUCCUCUCCACGCCCGUUGCCAUGUUCUGCGCGUUGUCAAAGGCAGCAACGCUAGGCGUGCUGUUCAAAGGAGCGCAGCAUUUGGAGACGCUUGCUCGGGUAAAAAUCAUGGCCUUCGACAAGACGGGGACGAUCACUAGGGGAGAGUUUCGGGUGGUGGAUUUCAAGUCCCUACGCCCCGAUGUCAGCUUGGACGCGUUACUAUACUGGAUAUCAAGCAUUGAGAGCAAAUCAAGCCAUCCAAUGGCUGCUGCUUUGGUUGAGUUUGCUAGAACACAUUCGGUUGAGCCAAGGCCGGAUAGAGUCGAGCAUUUCCAGAACUUCCCCGGUGAAGGGAUCUCAGGGAAAAUCGAAGACAACGAGCUAUACGUUGGGAACAAAAAAAUUGCAUCAAGAGCAGGAUGUAGUGAAGUUCCCAAAUUAGAAGGCUAUGAUACACAAGGAAAGUCUGUUGGUUAUGUCUUCAUGGGAUCAUCUCCCAUUGCUGUCUUCUUCCUGUCUGAUGUGUGUCGAACCGGGGCCAAGGAAGCGGUCGAGGAGCUCAAGUCGCUAGGCAUCAAAACCGUCAUGCUAACCGGGGAUUGUCAAGGCGCCGCGCAGCUUGCACAAGAGCAGUUAGGGGGAGGCCUAGAUGUUAUACGAGCCGAGCUUCUCCCGGAAGACAAAGCCAGCAUAGUCAAGGGGCUCCAGAAGGAGGGGCCCACGGCGAUGAUUGGGGACGGCCUCAACGACGCGCCAGCAUUAGCCACGGCGGAUGUAGGGAUAUCCAUGGGGAUAUCCGGCUCUGCUCUUGCAACAGAGUCCGGGGACGUUGUGCUAAUGACGAACGACAUCCAGCGCGUGCCUAAGGCCUUGCGUAUCGCGAGGAGGGUGAAGCGUAAGAUUAUUGAAAAUGUGAUACUUUCUAUUUCUACAAAGGCUGCUAUAAUAGGGCUGGCUGUGGCUGGCCAUCCACUCGUUUGGGCGGCCGUGCUUGCAGAUGUUGGGACGUGUUUGUUGGUUAUUUUCAACAGCAUGUUGUUGCUUAGAGGCACGCCCGUUGAUAAGUCUCGCGCCCAUGUUCAUACGAAACGGGCGACGUCUUCUUGCUGCGAUGAGAAUUCUUCUAGAGAGCAUGAUCAUGGAAAACAUGAUGUGGAAUCACACCAUCAGCAUAAGCAUGGUGAUUCGUGUGGAAACAAGAAAUGCUCGAGCUCCACCAAAGGGCACGAGCACAGUGCGCAUAGUGGCCAUUCUUGCAACGGAGACGGAGUCAAGGAUGGUGAUUGUUGUGCAAAAGUUGAUCCCCGUGAUUUGGAGCGUGGAAUGAAGAAGUGCUCGGGCUCCACUAAAGAGCACGACCACAGUGCACGAACUCAUUCAUGCAACGGACACAGGGACGUAAUGGAUCAUCAUGAUUUGGAAUCACAGAAUCACCACAAGCACGGAGAUUCUUGUGGAAACAAGAAAUGCUCGAGCUCCACCAAAGAGCACGACCACAACGCGCAUACUCAUCAGCAUCAUGAUCAUGAUCCGAAGCCACAUAGCCAUGGAAGCUCUUGUGGGACCGAGAAAUGCUCUAGCUCGGUCAAAGAGCACGCCCACGAUACCCGUUGUGGUGAAGAUAUCAAACAUGAUCAUGAACACAAGCAAUGCCACGGAGAUCAUGGAGACAUCAAACAUGAUCAUGAACACAAGCAAUGCCACGGAGAUCAAGAAGACAUCAAACAUGAUCAUGAUCAAGGUAGGGGAGGGCAUUGCAAGGAGGGAGGCUAUGGCGUUGGGGCCGGGGGGUUUGAGGGCAGUGACACGGGAUGCAACGGGGGAUCGAAGAAGGUGCACCGGGGAUGCUGCGAAAGCUUCAGGAGAGAAUGCUGCAUAAGAAGAAGUGGCCAUUUUGAGGGCAACUUGAGAGGAGGGUUAUCAGAAAUAGUGAUUGAAUAGUGCUUAAUGAAUUUGUGUUUGGUGCAAUAUUGUUAAGCACGUGGAUUGGGUUGGUAUAUAACAAGAUAAGACUUUGUGUUCACAUGGAUGAUCUUCAAGAAAUAAUCAUCCAUAUCUUAGUAAUGUGCAAUAUUGGUUAAGUUUUCAGUACAUUCACCCACAAACAUUGUAGCUUAAUGGUAUUCAAUUCUUGUGUUUCUAAGAGGUUUAAUCUUGAUUUGUUCCGUUUUA